GCCACCUCACAGUUUCCCCAAUCCCAAUUUCCACAUCUACAUGAGUUGCUGUAUCAAACUAAUUGGGGCUCCUAAGCUGUGUCAGAGUUGGGAGAGGAAACUUGAGGACAAUUCAGGUUGUCACCUUGGGAGCCCUAGGGUCUGACCCUGAGUCACCUGCAGCCCAUGAUCUGGAGAGUUGGGGGAUGGGGCCCUGUGGCCGCUCCACGGGGCAGGCCUCAAAAUAGGGAGAGAUGCUGAGAUUGGAGGCAGAGACUUCAGGAUAAGGGAACUGAAACACAGCUUGGGAGAAGAGAGACUCAGAAAUGAGGAGACAGAGAACCAGAGAAAUUUGGAAAGAUUUGUAGAAAUGAGGAAAGACGAGAAGAGAGAUCUGGAGGCAGAGAUGCAAGAUGGGGGUCAGAGACACUAGAAAAGAAGUGGGGAGAUGUUCCCCUGACAUUCAGGCUCCCUGACCAAGUGAUGGACACACACAGGCAAGAUGCUGAGUGCUGCUCUUAGGUCCAGGGACAAGGACAGCAAGCUAUCUGGGUGGUGCCAGGAGACCAAGGCUUAGAACCUGGUGUGUUGGACCAACAGGAGGGGGAGAAUUAGGAUCCCAGGCCAACAGGGUGAUCCACCUCAUCACCUCAUUCCCAUCCCUAGUGAGGUGACAACACUACCUUCUCUGUAGGUGACACCCCAAUUUUACGGCACCUCCUACAUUUUUUGGGGUGCCACCCGUGCUGGGAACCCCACCCGGCUCUAAUUCUGCUUCCCUCACUGAGUCACCUCCAACCCCGCCAGGCCUGUUGGGGGGAGACUUUGUUGACUCAAGCAUCCAGGCCCCCAGCUCUUUCGUCUCCCAGGAACCCAGCAGUCUGGGUAUCCCAACACCCCUAUGCCACUCAGGGAUGCAGCCUAGCCUAACCCUAGGAGUCUGGACCACCAGCCCUCUCCUUCCUCGUCCUAGGAAUCCCAGCCCCCAGUUCUCCCCUCUGCUAGGAUUCAGAUGUCUUAGACCACAUCCACCUCCUUCAGGAAGCACAAGUUUCUCAGUCCCCAGACUCCUUCCCAAUUUGGAGUUGGGUGCAAUGUGUUUAUGCACAUGUGUUCCAGCACGAGUCCCCAAAACACACUGCCCCCCAUGUGCCUGGUGGCCCUGAAUGGGAGGACAAGGCCCCCUCACUAAGGCCUCACAAAGGGUGAAGGGAGAGGGAGCCCUUUCUUGUCUCCCCCAUUUCCCUUCCCUCUAAGCCACUGCUUGACCAGUGGCCAGAGCCUCCACCCACCAGCCCCUCCACCUUUCCAUCUUCAGGUCUUUUCUCCGAAUCUCUGUCUCCGCCUUUCUUGUUAUUUCUCCCAGAUCUUUGUGCCUCUCUGUCUUGGCGUCUCUCUCUCCAUCUUCCCAUCUCUCUCCAUCUCUCUGAAUCUCUGUCUCUCUCUCUCCUCUGGCCCCUCCUGCCUCUGUCUCCCAUUCCUUCCCCAUCUCUCUCUCUCCCCCUUUUGGUCUCUGUACAGCUGUGCCCUUGAGCCUCCCCUCUGCCUUCUCUUUCCACCUCUCUGUCUCUCUGCCCACUUCCUUUUCUAUCUCUACUCCCAGCUCAUCAUCCCUGGACCUCCUGCCCCACAACUCCCGAGGUCCUCCGGGAGUAGGGGGAGUGGGGGAGUGGGGGGGUGGGGGAUGGGGAGAGAGGGAGGGAAAGUCCCGGUGAGGGGAAGAGUCAGCCAGACAGGCUUGGCUCCCUAGACACCUUUGUCAGAGCCCCGCCCAGGGCCACAUGGCCAGCCUGGAUAUAAGCAACUCCUGGCCCAAGACUGAGAACUCAGUGCCUGCUGUCACCUACACCUCUGUCUCCAUCAUCACCGUUGCAGUCCCGCAGGUAGGAGCAACCACCCGCAGCCCUCUGCUCAGAGUAUCCAGCAUCCCUUGGACAGACUCUGACGCUGUCAUCACCACCACCUCUGCGGUCCCCAACGCCAGCCACCUCCUCAGGGCCAGCAAGAUGCAGUUUGAGAUGCAUGACAACGUGAAAGGCAAAGCCAUGUCCUACCCAGUGACCAGUCAGCCCCAGUGUGCCAGCGGUUGCUACCAGACCCAGCUCAGUGACUGGCACACCGGUCUCACGGACUGCUGCAAUGACAUGCCCAUCUGUCUGUGCGGCACUUUCGCCCCUCUGUGCCUCGCCUGCCGCAUCUCCGACGACUUCGGCGAGUGCUGCUGCGCGCCCUACCUGCCCGGAGGCCUGCACUCCCUGCGCACCGGCAUGCGCGAGCGCUAUCACAUCCAGGGCUCUGUCGGGCACGACUGGGCGGCCCUCACCUUCUGCUUGCCCUGCGCCCUCUGUCAGAUGGCGCGGGAACUGAAGAUCCGAGAGUAAAGCUCCUCGAUCCCUCUCCUUCCCCAUCCGCCCUUCUCCGUCCUCUCUUGGGAGGUCCUGCCCCUCCGCCCUCUCCCGCCACCAGAAACGCACCCACAAUUAAAAAAAAAAAAAAAAAAAAACCGUAAAACCAACUCCGCCUACAUCCUUUUGUCCCAGGGAAGGAAUCUGGGUAGAGAAGGAGGUUUGGUGAGGGAGGCGGGGACCCAGGGAAGAUGCCUAGGUGUGGAAGGAGUUCCAGAGUCAGUUGGAUGUUUGAUCUGGGUCUGCUGUGUUCCCACACUGGAGUCUGUUCCCUCUCUUAAGCCAGGGAGUCCUCACUAAUAAAGUAAAAUCACUAACCCCUUAGCUGCCUACCUGGAGCUCUGCCCAAUUCCUGAAACUAAGCAAAAUCAGGCUCCUUGGGGAUAGUCCAUGCACAACCCCCACAUAAAGUUAGAAGAUUCCCCCUGCUCCUUCAACACCUGUGGACUCUUGGUCGACACACAAUUCUAACAGAUUAGGGGAGCUCUUUGUCUUCAGGUUUAAACUGCAGGUUUAAAACUCUCCAGAGCUGAAAGGAAUACUCAAGGAUCACUGGAUUCGGAGUUUCCACUGUGGCAAAAUGGGAUCAGCAGCCCAGGCCUGGCACAGUGGGUUAAAGAUCUGGCUUAGGUCAAGACUGCAGCUGGGAUCUGAUCCCUGGGGGAUGUGCUGUGGGGUGGCCAAAAAUGAAAAGAAAAAAAAAAAAAAAACCCACCUAAUUCAAUCCACCCUCUUUAUUGCAAAUGCAACUAGCCUAUUAGAAAUGUUAGGAUCUCAAAAUUGUACAGACUUGGGAUUCAGCCUUGACUCUUGCCACUUACUGUGUUGUCUUAGUAAAUUAAUACACUUUUCAGACCCAGUUUCCCCCUCUGGGGAUAAUCCCUAAUAUGUCACAUGGCUGCUGUGAGAACAAGAGAUGGGACAGAUGAAAAGGCUAGAGCGAACUUAACAGACUAUUGCUGUUAAUAUUAUAAUAUUAUGUGUAAUUUAUUUCUAUUAAUAUAUUUGUAUUAUUUGCUGUGCUCUGUGUGUAUUCAACCAUGGGGUGUCAUCACUUAGAACAUCUAAUAAGCAUCUUAAAUUUAACAUGUCUUAAACCUACCUCCUCACUCCCCCUCCAAACUUGCUCUACCAGUCUUCCGCAUCUCAAAUAGCAAACCCCUUCCUGUUGCCCGCUUCCUCUCUCACCCAGUGUGUGAACUGUCAACAAAUUCUGUUGGUUCUACUUUCAGAAUAUAUCCAGAAUACUCCUUUCCACUCUGCUGCCCCCGCCUGGUUCCGGCUACCCUCCUCUCAGCCUACAUGAAGGUCGAGGCUCCUGAUCGGGGUCCCUGCCCUACCCGCUCCCCUUUUUAGUCUCUUCCCCACAGAGAAGCCCUGUGGACACCUGAGGUGGAUCCCAUCCCUCCUGGCUCAGAAUCCUCUCCUGGCUCCUCCUGCACAGAGCAAAAGCCAGAGUCCUCACAGUGACUCAAGGGCCUGCUCAUUCCCUCUGUGCCCUUGUCUCUUUACUCUCUCUGAACCACAAGGAGGCUCUGCUGUUUCUCUGGAAUGCUAGGCACAUUUCCACCUCUGGAUCUUUGCCUUGGUUGCUCCCUCAACUUGGAAUUCUUUCCUCAGAUGCCCCUAUGGCUCACUGCCUCACAUCAGCUCGUUUGCCAUCUUCGGAGUGAGGCCCUCCCCUCUACCUGACAUUGUACAGCAAGUACCAACCCCCCACCAUGCCCCUCCUUUACUGCCUUAUUUUUCUGGUCACUUUUCAAUGUGCCAAAUCUCUACUUAUUACCUGGCUCCCCACUGACUUGUCUGCUCCACGAGAGCAGGGACCUUGCUCACAGCUAUGUUCCAGAACAGUGCGGGGCUCAGUGUGGGUGGAGACAAGCGUGGUCAGGGG